AUGCAUUCUGACACCCCCUCCCCGUUAAGAGGGAGAAUAGACGCGAGAAGCAACAAAAAACGGCAGAGAAGUGGAGCAAACCGGCAGAGAGGAGAAAGAGAAGCCAGCCUCACCGUUCGCCAAGGCAGAAGGCGUUCGCCUUCGCCAUCGGUGACCCUGGCUUCUGCUUCAGUCUCCGGCGGCGAGGCCGCGCGAGAAGAGGAGGAAGAAGAAAACUCCCGAGGCAGCGAGCAGGACGGAAGGAGCAGAGAGCCAGUGGCGCGGCUGAGAGCGGUUGAGGCCGGCGGCGCCGGCGAAGCAGAGCGCCAGACUCCCUGCCCUGCUGGGACAGCCCUGGAGAACGCGCGCGGGACAGAGGGAGAGGCGCGCGGAGAGGACGCGAAAGAAGACGAGAAACGACGAAAAAUGGAGCUGCAGGGCCCUGGGGAAGCAGCUGCAGAUGCCACGGCGAAGGGCCGGUCCGGGGCGCGGAGGCGCGUCGGUCGACAGCGCCCAGCGGCGGAGGGGCCUACCGGUGCCAGAGGAGACUGA